GCGAGAGAUUCUGGAUAAUGUUACAAAUCAUGUUAAAUUUUGCUCCAAGAAUUGCUAUUCUUUUCAUGGCUAUCAGUGUUGCGCUUGGAGCAACAUGUAAUGCCAAAUUAACAUGGAAUUGUGGUGAACUCCAUACUUUUACUUCAAAGUUUUCAGGUGGAGACGUCAGUGAUUGUGGAACGUUUUAUCCGAAAUCAAAAUUUGAAGUUCUCUUCCGAAUUGAUUAUGAAUUGUAUGAUGAGACAAAAAGAUACACUAUGAUCAUGGUUGACCCAGAUGCACCAGGAUCUGAGGCUGGCAAAGGAUGGCUUCAUUUGAUCAAAGCUGGUAUUCAAGGAAGAGAUUUGGCACCUGGUUUGCCAGUAAAUGAAAAUUACUCCAGCACUGAUGUGACUCCUUAUGGAAAGCCUACUCCUCCCAAAAACACUGGUGUACAUCGGUAUUUCAUCUUCUUGUAUGAGGAGCAAGGAGGAAGUCCAAGUGAGGAAAUCAGUCAGCGGCGAAACUUUGACAUUCAGGAGUAUGCUACCCUUCAUAAUCUCUGUGGUCCUGUUGCAAUGAGUAUGUUUACUACUGAGUUUUAAUGUACCUGUAAUUACCACAGGUAAAUCUUCAAAUAUUUAUUGCAGUUUUGCACUUUGCAGAAUAAUAAUUUUGUUAUUCAAAGGGAUAAUGAAUUUAAUAAAUAUGGAAAUCUCAUGGAUAUAUUGUAUUGUACUCCAAUUCAUAUUCUAUAAUGCCAGUAAGAGUUUUUAAUUUUUUAUUUUCAUUUAAGUACGUAUAUGUAUUAUAUAAACUGUUAACUAAUAUUAUUAAACUAUAUUACUACAAAA